UGGAAAUGCGAAUCAAAACACAAAUCAUAUGUUUUUWUUAUUAUAGUAUUGUUUAUGCAAUGAAUGGGUGUUUCAUAUGAUUUAACCAUUGAUUUGUCUUUAGUGUCGCUUAAGACAUGAGUGACUUUCUUUCGUCAAGUUGUGGUCAAAAUGUGGUUCGACUGGUCUCAAGAGGUAAUGCCAUUAUUGCCGAACUAUUGCGGCUCUCGGAAGUGGUGCCCACAGUGUUCCGAUUGGAGACCAAGUCUGACCAAAACAAGUACUCAGAAGUUAUACAAGAUUUUAGUUACUUUAAGACGAGCGACACGUUUGACCAGCGAAUUGAAUCCAACGGACAACUGCUCGAUAGAGACGACGAGUUUCGCGAAAAUUAUAUCGAAAUUAUUACUCGAUUUUAUUUAGUCUUCGAGAGUAUCCACAGGUUUACUGUUGAUAUCAAUCGUUAUGUCGAAGAUCUUGAAGAAGGUGUUUAUAUUCAACAAUCUCUUGAAUCGGUACUUCUCGACAAUGACGGCAAACAAUUACUGUGCGAAGCAUUGUAUUUGUCGGGAGUUAUGCUUUUGAUGGUUGACCAGCGUAUUGAUGGUCUGGUAAGAGAACGUAUUUUAGUAUCGUAUUACCGAUAUAGUGGUCAGCGGUCAACUUCGGAGUCAAAUUUUGACGAUGUGUGCAAACUAUUAAGAAAUACAGGAUAUACACCAAAUGGUAAGCGACCCAUCAAUUAUCCGGACGACUACUUUAAAAGAGCACAAAUUGGAUCCAAUUUUGUUAAUCUGGUUAUCGGCAGAUUGAGAUCGGAUGACAUCUACAACCAGAGCAGUGCCUUUCCUCAGCCCGAACACCGAAGUGUUGCGUUGGCCACUCAGGCCGUCAUGUUAUACGUUGUUCUUUACUUUUCACCACAUAUUUUACACAACGAGUCGGCCGCUAUGCGAGAGAUUGUCGACAAAUGUUUUGCAGAUAAUUGGAUAAUAAGUAUGUAUAUGGGUUUUGUUGCCAAUUUAGUCGAGGAAUGGGAUCCAUAUAAGUCUGCAAAAUUGGCAUUAAAUAACACAAUUGAUCAGAAAAAUGUUAAAAUUCAUGCAAACAAAUACAACUCUAAAAUCAUAAAAUUAUUGCCACAAUUACAACAACUAUUGAAAGAAGGGACUCUUACUGAAGAAUUUCUGUUAAACAAUGUCUCUAAACUAAUGAAUAUUAUUCGUGACUGUAAUGUCACACUUAGAUGGCUAACACUUCACACGUGUCAUCAUUUUAUAAAUGAAUCCAAUGGUGUUGUCAACAAAAAGUGCAAACAAUUGAGAGAUUUAGUUAUAAUUGAAAGUAAAUACCAACCGUUAGUUGUUUUUCAAUUGCUUUUGAAUACAGCAGAGUUUGAGCUUAAGAUCAAAGAGAUGUAUAAACAGCUUUUGAGUGACAAACAAGAGAAGUGGAAUUUCUAUAAGAAAGAGGCAUUUGAAAGGAUAUCAGAGUUGGCGGAAGUGUUUUCAGGUAACAAACCAUUGACACGAAUUGAGAAAAAUACAAGUUUAGAGCAAUGGCUGCGAGAAAUGUCAAAACAAAUUGAUGGACUGAUAUAUGACGAAACAAAUGUGACAAAUAGGAAGACUAUUAAAUUAAUUCAAGCCUUAGAAGAAGUACAAGAGUUUCAUCAAUUAGAAAGCAAUCUUCAUGUGAGACAAUUUCUUAUUGAAAGUCAAAAAAUGUUACACAAUAUGAUUAAAACACAGAAUAUUAAAGAAGAUGUUUUGAUUACUUUGCAAAUAGUGGGCGAUCUGUCGUUUGCGUGGAAGAUAAUCGAUACAUCUUUUACUAAAUAUAUGCAAUCAGGUAUUAAAAGUGAUCCAACACUAGUCAUCAAACUGAGAGCAACAUUCUUGAAAUUAGCGUCAGCUUUAGAUAUGCCACUUCUUCGCAUAAAUCAGGCCUCAAGUAAUGAUUUGAUAUCAGUUUCUCAAUAUUAUUCAUCUGAGUUAGUGUCUUAUGUACGCAAAGUUCUUCAUAUAAUACCAGAAACAAUGUUUAGUUUGAUGGCACGUAUUAUUGAAUUACAAACGAAUAACAUUAAAGAGCUGCCAACACGUCUUAUGAAAGAUCAAAUGAAGACAUACUCACAAUUAGAAGAAAGACAUGAAGUGGCAAAACUCACGCACUCUAUAUCGGUGUUCACUGAAGGUAUUUUGGCAAUGAAGGCAACUUUAAUCGGUAUAAUUCAAAUUGAUCCCAAGAGACUUCUUGAAGAUGGCAUCAGAAGAGAACUAGUCAUACAAGCGGCCAAUGCUCUUCAUAAAGGACUUGUAUUUAAUAGUAAAGCAAAAACGAGUGAACUCGUGCCUAAACUCAAAGCUUUGGCACAAGUGAUGGACGGUUUUCGUCGAUCGUUUGAAUACAUUCAAGAUUAUGUCUGCAUAUAUGGCCUAAAGAUGUGGCAACAAGAGGUGUCACGUAUUGUCAACUAUAAUGUCGAACAGGAAUGCAAUGCUUUUAUGAGACAUAAAGUGCUCGACUAUCAGAGUGUUUAUCAAUCAGCUUCUAUACCGAUACCCAAAUUCUUACCUAUGGAUCCCUAUUCAAUCAAUUUUAUUGGUCGACUCGCACGUGAAUUAUUAAGAAUGACUGAUCCAAAGAACACAAUAUAUGUGCACUCAAUGAGCACAUGGUUUGACAAUAAGACUCAUUUACAAGUUGUCGAUACAAAAUUGUUCCCAUUAAUGAUGAAAAGCAUAGGAACAGCUGGUAUUAAUGGUUUGGAUCGAUUGAUAUCAUUCAUGAUUGUCACUGAAAUUCAAAACAUUAUGCAAUAUUUGGACCGAAAUUUUACAAAAGAUAAACAUUGGCCACAAAUACUGUUAGAAAUUAAUGAAAAUUUAGGGACAACUGAUGGAAAGAUAAUAGGAACACAUUUUAGUUCAAUCUUUGGAUCAGCCCUAUCAAAGGCAACCAAAUCAUUACCGGCUGUAUUCGACGCCAUCGCACGCAUCGGUCAAAUGCAGAUAAUUAGGUGCAAUAUUGGUCACGAACUCAACACGACGUGUAAACUUCAUUCAAGACAUUUGGCUAAUGCUCUCAAUACGCUUAAUCAAGCAAUUAUAUCGGAUUUGGAGCAUCACUACAGCACAUCUAAUAAACCAUUUCUUAAAGAAGAUACACCAUUGCUAUAUGAACUGACCAACUAUUUGGAGUGGACAGGCAUUUCAGAUCCACUUUCAAAGAUAUACAUCACAUCGAGAGCGCCAUCAUAUUUAGAGAUGAUAUUAUUAUUGAUGACAAUCACUCAAAUGGGAAAAUUUGUUUAUUUAAAAUCCAUUCACGGAUUAACAGCGAAAAAAGGAAGCGAUUUGUCUGAUGGACUGCCGUUUGUGUUUGGAGUCAUCACUUUGUUGCGACAAUUUCAUGAAAACACUAUUCAUCAAUAUAUAGCUCAUUGCUCUCAAUAUGUUUGCGCUCAAACUGAGAUUCAAAUGUCCAUUAGUUCACCGAAAGUGACAGAAUUGCCACCAGAAGUAUACAAUACUCUUGAAUUUUUAGAAAAUUUAAUAGAAUUUUCGGGACUUCAGCGUAAAGUUGUAGUCGAAAAUAUUCCGGACUUUAUCUUUGAUCAGUUCCAUACAAUUCCCAAUUCUAAUACAAAAUAAUUAUUAAUAAGUUUAUAAUUUA